AUGGAGAGUACACUCGUAGUUGAUUCUACAGUAACCCAGGAUAAUGAAGCUACGCCCCUAACUUUCUGCUCAAUCCCGUCAUGCCAUUCUCUUCUUCCACCCGACUCGACAGCAUUUCACUUGCCUUCUACCGGAAUGUUGGUGUGCAGUGACUGCUACAAGUUAUACUUGAAAAGUGAGUACGAGAAAGUAAUUGCGGCAGAAAGAGGAACUGAAAAAUCAGUGGAAAACAAUUCAGCAGCUGUAUCAGACUUGAAAGAAGGUUCAAUUGAAAUUGAAUCCUCUGUGGAACAGUGGAGCAUGUCAACUACGGAGACUCAGAUUUGUCCUAUUCCAACAUUUGAGUUGAACUUGAUUGAAUCUGAUGCAAACCAGUCAAAUACCAUAUUGCAAUGUUCUGAAGAAUACAAUUCAAUUCCCCCAUAUCAAUAUCAAGAAUCAAAUGUUUUGUCCAAUAAUGAUGCCUAUCAAAUUCCAUCAUACCAACCGGAGAUAUACGUCAACAGCAGCGGUAUCGAUUUUUCUGAAAAUUCACUAGAAACCAUUACGUAUACUACACUGGAGCCAGCGUCUAGAGGCAGUUGUCCCUUAGAAGCACCAAUCACAGAUAAUCCUAGUAUUAGUUGUCAAGAAGAGAGUAUUGCCUACCCACAAGAGAAGCAACAGAAGGAAACUGAAAGCGACAAGAACUCAGAAACUCAAGAACCACAAAAAGAGAAUAUCCAGGAAGGUCAAAAAUGCACUGUCACAACCUGCAAGGUAAAACUUUACUUAUGGGAAAAUUAUAUUCAUCCUGUCACUAAAGAGAAGAUUUGCACUACAUGCUACAGUUAUUACAAAAGAUUUGGAAAAGACCGGGAAGAGACCAUAACGAAGAAAAUAAGAGGACGCAAAAAACAUUUUCUUGAAGGUCAAAAAUGCGCCAACAACGUAUGUAAGCGAACUCUACUUCUGGGAAAAACUAAUGUUCAUCCUGUCACUAAAGAGAAGAUUUGCAAAAUAUGUUAUAACUACUACAAAAGAACUGGAAGAGACCGAGAAGUGAUCAUAACUUGUGGAAGAAGAGAAAAACAUGAGACACAUUGUGCCAAUACAUUCUGCAAGCAAGCACUUAUUCCGCAAAACACAAGGAUACAUUCUAUCACAAAGGAGAAGAUUUGCAGUGCCUGCUUUGAUUAUUAUAAAAGGAAUGGAAGAGACCGAGAAGUGAUUAGAACUUAUAAAAAAAGAGAAAAACACGAAACAAAUUGCGCCAACACAUCCUGCCAGCAACAGUUGCGUCCGCAGCAGUGGGGAUCUCACCCUGUCACUAAAGAGAAAAUUUGUCGUCCUUGUUAUGACUACUUCAAAAGACAUGGACGUGAUCGAGAAGUGGUAGCAGCAAAAUUGAAGAAAUUAGACCGUGAUAGAACUGAAAGUGGAUCAGAUACAAUGUCCAUAUCUUCUGACGAUUCUUCAAUAGAAGAGUCUUCAGAAUCAGAUUGCGAGUCUGAUUCAUCUGAAAUGGGAUUAGAAUAG